CAAGCUGGCUGGUUGGCAGUAGUGAACGCAACGGUUUCCAUAGCAACUGAUCCCCAGGAAGUUGGAGUGACCUCAGUCCCGGCCUUUGACUCCGCCUAGCCAGGCCUCCCCUUUGUUCUCUGAAAUCGGAAAUCAAGAUAGCCGCGAAGGUGACGCUGGAACCCUUCGCCUGCUGCAGCAGGGACUAGCCUGUGCACGUCAGGUUCCCUCUGUGGCAGCCCAGGCCCAGCCCAUUGCACGGCUAAAGAGCUUUUAAGAGGCAGAACUGGGACACUUUCUCCCCAAUUCAGUGGGAGUUUUUCAGCGACGAGGCUUUGAGCAAGUUCAUGUGUGUCUGCUCCCUUUUGCUGCUGAGUGGCAGGACUGGCCCUCCAAGCUCAGUUUAGCGGGCUGCUCUGCCCCGUUGGGCUCUUAGGCUGCAGUUGGGCAGCCUGCCGUUAGAGGCUCCCGCACCAGUCCUAACUCCCUCCACAGCCCGUGCAGUUGAUCGAAUUCUGAAAUCAAGUCGCUAAAUGAUGGCCACAGGUCCCGCUGUCCUGAGAGCGUCCGGGCUCUGCCAACAGGGCCCGAGGAGCUGGGCGCUGCUGCCAAGUUCUCCAAAGUUGAGGCCUGGUAUCCUGGUCUCUGGUCUCUGCUCGGAUGGCGGCGACCGUGACCCUGGAGCCAGCGAGCCGCUGCUGCUGGGACGAGCCGGUGCGCAUCAUCGUGAGGGGCCUGGCACCGGAGCAGCGGGUCACGCUGCGCUCGUCCCUGCGAGACGAGAAGGGUGAGCUCUUCCGGGCCCACGCGUUCUACUGCGCCGAUGCUGACGGCGAGCUGGACCUGAUGCGCGUGCCAGCCCUGGGCGGCAGUUUCGCGGGGCUUGAGCCCAUGGGGCUCUUCUGGGCCCUGGACCACGAGAAGCCCUUAGUUCGGCUGGUGAAGCGGGAGGUGCAGACGCCCUUCGUUGUGGAGCUGGAGGUGCUCGAGGGCCACGAGCCCGAGGGAGGGCGUCUCCUGGGCCGGGCGGUGCACCAGCGAGACUUCCUCCCACCCGGGGUGCGGCGGGAGCCGGUGAGCGCAGGCCGGGUGCGCGCCACUCUCUUCCUGCCGCCAGGUGAAGGGCCCUUCCCUGGGAUCCUCGAUCUCUUUGGUAGUAGUGGUGGCCUCUGCGAAUACAGGGCCAGCCUCCUGGCCGGACAUGGUUUUGCUGUGCUUGCUCUGGCUUAUUUCAAAUUUGGAGACCUCCCUAAAUAUCUACGGGAAGUGAACUUGGAGUACUUUGAAGAAGCCGUGGACUUCAUGCUGCAGCAUCCAAAGGUCUGCAACAAAAGCAAGUGGACCCAAAGCUAUACUCUUUGGUAAACAGCUUUUGAGACCUAUUGUAUCAUUUUGAAGGGCUUAAAAGAACAAAGAAAUGAUCCAAGUUAUAUACUUCUUUUUAUUUCCCCGUGUGAAAGUUUUUAACCUUUGAGCAUGUGAAACUCAAAAUGUGCUUGAUAAGAAAUGUAUCGAGAUAUUGUGGAUUAAUUUUCGGAGACAAGGAAAUUUCUGUUUAUAUGGUGGUAAAUAGCUUAUGUACUGGUACAUAAAAGAUAUUCAUGGCAAUGAGUGCAACUGGAAAAGCCGGUGUUCGUGCUGCCUGUCACCAACCGGACCUGACAAGUAUGUACGGGGUUUGAAUCUCUACGGUGCUUUAUUCAGAUGGCUGGCCAUUUGAGAAGAUGGCGGGUUCACUCUCUAACAGACCGUCUUAAACUUCAUUUUCAACCAACCCUUUCUAUAGGGAGAAGAAAAGUGUAGGUAAGGGGAUUGGAAUUCAGGG